GCUUCUACUGUAGUAAUGUAUCCAUUAGCUGUCGUGCGCAUACGCCCAAAAAAAACCAAUAGGCAAAUAAAUAUUUCACUGCACUGAGAUUAGGCCCUAAUGAGCCAUAAUACAGAGUUAAACAAACAACCAUAAAUAGUUAAAAAUGAUAUGUUCUAUUUCAGGAGAUGUGGCUACUGAUCCCGUAGUGUCCACUAAAAGUGGAGCUAUAUUUGAAAGAAAACAUAUUAUCAAUUAUAUAUCAACUAGUGGUACCGAUCCUAUUAAUGAUGAACCACUUACUGAACAAGAUUUAGUAUCUAUAAAAUCAUCAGUUUCAACAAUUAUACCGCCUAAAUUACCUACUUCAACAUCUAUUCCAUCUAUGCUUUCUAGUUUUCAAAAUGAAUGGGAUGCAAUUGCUUUGGAAGUUUUCACUCUACGUAAACAACUUUUCAAAGCUAAGCAAGAGUUAAGUGCGGCACUUUAUCACCAUGAUGCAGCCGUUCGAGUAGCAGCUAAUGCUAUAAGAGAAAGGGAUGAGGCUAAAUUGGCUCUUCAACAACUUUCGGAAUCUAUAGGUAAAGGUGAAGCACUUGUUAUUAAUAAUGGAACAAAUAAUGGGAAUGGUAAUGGUAAUGGCAAUGGAAUUCAUCAUGAAGAUUACGAUAUCCCUGUACAAGAAAUAACUAAUGCCCGAGAUGAGCUUCUAAAAUUACAUAAAACUCAAAAGCCUUCAUUAUCAAUUAAACCAGACCAACAAAUAUCUAUUGAUUUAUCAUCUUCUUGUACAUUUCCAUUUAAAAAGAUAUCACAUAUUUUCUUUAAUCCAGUUUCAAAAAUCAUUUACUUGGGAACUAAUACGGGAACAAUUGCAUCAUAUAAUUUAAAUGAACCAGAAAAUCAACUUUCAAAAUAUACACCAGCAAAGACCCUGGUAUCAUCCAUUAAUCUUGUAUCUUUAGACGAUGAUUCUACUACAAAUUAUCCAAUUAUAGCUUAUAAAAAUAAAAUUAUUGUAGAUAAUAAUAAAGUGCAAUUUAAUAAUAAUCAUGGAUCUUUAAUAUCACAUAUUUUAGUUCAUCCUUCAUUAAAAAAUUUAUUUAUUACUUUAAGUAAUGAUAAUACUUGGUCAAUGCAUGAUGUUACUAAAUCUCCAGAUCAAUCGUUAAUUUAUUCAUCUACUAAAUUUGAUAAUCGUAUACUUUCAGGUGAUAUACAUAUAGAUGGUGCACUUCUUAGUAUUGGAAAUGAUGAAGGUCAAGUAAAAAUUAUUGAUUUAACUAAUGGAAAUCUUAUAACAGAAUUUGAAGUCGCAUUUAAAAAUGUUAUCCAUAAUAAAUUUGCUUUAAAUGGAUAUUGGUUAAUAGCUUUAUCAAAGGAUGAUGAUUCUAGUGCUAUUAAUAUAAUGGAUUUGAGAAAAGCAACUAUAACUCAUACCAUUGAAGGUGAAGGUAGAAACUUGGAAGGUUUUACAAUAGAUCCAUCUUCAUCAUUAUUACUCACUUACACGACAGAAAAUAAGGUUCAACUUCAUAGAUAUAUAAAAAAAUCAAAAUCUUGGAAUACUUUUAUCACAGAAUUUGAAUUACCAAAUGAUAAAGGUAAUAUCAAACAAAUCCAAAUAGAUACAGAUAUAAAUGAUGAAGCCUUUAUUUUUAAUAAUGAAGUCAAAUUCUUUGUAAUUACUGAUAAAUCUUCCUUAUUGAAAUUUCAAUUACUGUAUAAUUAGCAUACAUACAUAGUUAACAAUUGAGACAAUUUUUUUUCCACUACCGAAAUUCUCUGAAC